AUAAGUGUAAAGGUUUAAUAUGUUUUUUUGUCUGAAAUAAAAGUAACAACAAAAAUUAAGAUCUUGGCUUAUAUCAUCAAUAAAGCUGGACAAAAUUUAUAGAUAACCGUACAUUAAACACGCUAAAACCAUAUACUAACUACUAAAAACAUUAUACUAUUAUUAUUCGAAAAAACUGAUUUAUUUUAUUUUGGUUUUUGGUUCUUUCUCUGCUUUGAUAAUAAUUCUUUAGUUUUGUUGUUUCUCUUCAAUCUCCUUUCUCUUUCAAUUACCGUUGGAACAAGACCAAGUUUCAGAGACAAUACUUCCCCCAAUCUCUCUCUCUCUCUCUCUCUCUCUAUAAGCCAAGACCAGAGACAGUGAUGACGAUAUAGCUAUGAGCAAGAGGGAGAGAAUCCAUAACAACCAUUAUUUCCCGUCAUGAAUCCACCUACUGACCCACCAGUCUCCGUCGCCGCAUCAUCAGCAGCAGCUGCUUUAGCUCCGCCUCCACAACCUCCACAGCCUCACCGUCUCUCUACCUCUUGCGACCGUCACCCAGAAGAGCGUUUCACCGGUUUCUGCCCUUCUUGUCUCUGUGAGCGUCUCUCCGUCUUAGAUCAGAGCAACAAUGGCGCUGCCUCCUCCUCAUCUUCUUCUCGGAAACCUCCCACCAUCUCCGCUGCGGCUCUCAAGGCUUUUUUCAAGCCUUCCGGUAACAGCGGAGUAGGCGGUGUAAACAACAGCGGAAACGGCCGGGUUAAACCCGGAUUCUUCCCUGAGCUCCGUCGUACUAAAUCUUUCUCAGCGUCUAAAAUCAACGAAGGGUUCUCAGGAGUGUUUGAGCCACAACGUAGGUCUUGUGACGUCCGUAGCUCUCUUUGGAACUUGUUUAGCCAAGACGAGCAACCAAACCUUCUAACCUCUGUCUCCGGCGGCAAUGAUGUUGAAGUCGAGCCGAGGAAAUCUAGCGUUGCGGAGCCUGUUUUAGAGGUUAACGAUGAAGGAGAAGCUGAAAGCGACGACGACGUCGAAGAGGAAGUGGAGGACUACGUCGAAGCUGGAGACUUUGAGAUUCUUAAUGAUUCCGGCGAACUAAUUAGAGAACAAAGCAACGAAAUUGUUGAAGAGAUCGAAGAGGUCGUUGUGGUAACGGAAGCUAUAAGAGAAGAGGAGCUGAAGCCGAUUAAGGAUUACAUAGAUCUUGAUUCUCAAACCAAGAAGCCAUCGGUGCGACGGAGCUUUUGGUCGGCGGCCUCUGUUUUUAGCAAGAAGCUUCAGAAAUGGAGACAGAAUCAAAAGAUGAAGAAGCGGCGCAACGGCGGCGACCAUAGGCCGGGAUCAGCUAGAUUACCGGUGGAGAAACCGAUUGGGAGACAGCUCCGUGAUACUCAGUCGGAGAUCGCUGAUUAUGGAUUCGGCCGGAGAUCGUGCGAUACAGAUCCUAGAUUCUCCCUCGACGCCGGAAGAUUCUCUCUUGACGCCGGAAGAUUCUCCGUUGACAUCGGUAGGAUCUCUCUGGAUGACCCUCGUUACUCGUUCGACGAGCCGAGAGCUUCUUGGGACGGGUCUUUGAUCGGACGGACAGCGUUUCCUCCCGCCGCGAGAGCUCCUCCUCCGCCGUCGAUGCUCUCGGUGGUGGAAGAUGCGCCGCCGCCGGUGCACCGCCACGUAGCCCGAGCGGAUAUGCAGUUUCCGGUGGAAGAACCGCCGCCGCCGGUGGUUAAUCAAGCUAACGGAGUGUCCGACCCGGUUGUAAUCCCGGGCGGGUCAAUCCAAACCCGAGACUACUACACUGACUCAUCGUCACGGAGGCGGAAGAGUCUCGACAGGUCAUCAAGCUCUAUGAGGAAAACGGCUGCAGCGGUUGUGGCUGAUAUGGACGAGCCAAAGCUUUCAGUGUCGUCGGCUAUAUCAAUAGAUGCUUACUCAGGAGGAUCAAUGAGAGAUAAUAACUAUGCCGUGGAGAACACGGAUAACGGGUUUUUCCGGGAACCGGCGAUGAUGGGCGGCGAGAGGAAAGUAAAUAGUAACGAUAAUAGUAACAAGAAGUCGAGGAGGUGGGGGAAAUGGAGCAUCUUAGGACUUAUUUACAGGAAGAGUGUUAACAAGUAUGAGGAAGAAGAAGAGGAAGAGGAUAGGUAUAGGAGAUUAAACGGUGGAAUGGUGGAGAGAUCGUUGUCGGAGUCAUGGCCGGAGCUGAGGAAUGGAGGUGGAGGGCCGAGGAUGGUGAGGAGUAAUAGCAAUGUGAGCUGGAGGAGUACCGGUGGGGGAUCACAGAGGAAAGUCCAUGGGUUGGAUAGGAAUAAGAGUUCAAGGUACUCACCUAAGAAUGGGGAAAACGGAAUGUUGAAGUUUUACUUGCCAACUAUGAAAGGUAGCCGGAGAGUGAGCGGUGCAGGUGGCGGCGGUGGUGGUGGCGGAGGGUGGGCGAAUAGUCACGGGCAUUCAAUAGCGAGGAGUGUAAUGAGGCUGUACUGAUUGGAUCAACAAAUUGUUCAUUGGAUGGUUUAGGGGUUUAGCUCUAUGCAGUCUGAACCUUUGUUAUUUUCUCGUUGGGUUGGGUUUAAUUUUGGUGCAAUUGGUUUACUUUUUUUUUUAUGUUAAGAGGGGGGGGGGAGGCAUUUUCAAACGAAUCACUUGUUGACAUUGUCUAUUUUAACCGGAAUAAACCGCCUUUAACCA